GUAGGAUAACACACUGCCAAAGCUCUGAGAACACAUUCACACACCUACAGAUACACGCAUUCACUGGACUGCACUGGAACUUCUCCACCUGUCUGUCUGCCCUGUCGGACCAGCAGUGUUGGAUAUACAGCAUAUACAUUCUCCUGGAUGGACUAUUAACUUCUGUACCAUGUUGCUUCAUGUCGGCUCAGCAGAAUUUCAAGCUGGGUUAUACCCAACUAAAAUGGAGGAUUUCGAUUGCGACUGUGGCGAGCUUGAGCCACCUGAUCAUUGAGGGUGAAAAAUUACCUUGAAGACUUAAGGCCAGACUCAUUUCAGUUUUGUUUUAAUCAGGUGACAGGAAAAUUUAUACAGAUAGAUAAAUAAAUACAAAAAAAAACAAAUAUAUACAUACACACACAUACACACACAACAGUGCAUUUUGGCACAUUUCAUAUGAAGCUGCUCAGGACCAGUCAUACACUGAAUGUACCUGCACUGUGAGGAUGCAACUACGUGCUUUUAGAGUUUAACAUAGUUCAAGUGCUUUUUAAUUGGCCUCAACAUCCAUUCCAUUGAAGUUUAUAAACACUAGUCUACCAACAACUUUUUUUAAAAAUUUUCUCUCCUUAAUCCAAGAUGGAAAGAAAGUUUGACUACACAAUAGUGUCCCGCAUCUGACAGUGACGUCUAGACAGGGGUCAAGGGGGACUUGGUAGUCAUCUGUACAGGGGUCAGUUAGCUCAGCCGUUGAAGCAGUGGCUGAUAGCUUAUCUAUCACGUUAAUCCUCCUGCUUGUGUUAGCAUUGGACUUUAAUAGGCAAGAGACCAAAUAUUAGAGACAGGAGCUUGGUGUAAAAGCCAAAAUAGUCAUCAUGGCAGAGAAGUUUGAGUCACUGAUGAACAUCCAUGGCUUCGACCUGGGUUCUCGCUACAUGGACUUGAAGCCUCUGGGCUACGGAGGGAACGGACUGGUGUUUUCUGCAGUUGACACCGACUGUGACAAACGUGUAGCCGUGAAGAAAAUUAUCUUGACCGAUCCCCAGAGUGUGAAGCACGCCCUCCGGGAAAUCAAGAUUAUCAGGCGCCUCGACCACGACAACAUAGUCAAGGUGUUUGAGACAUUGGGACCCAACGGUCGUAGGCUAACAGAAGACGUGGUGUCCCUGACAGAGGUCAACUCGGUCUACAUCGUGCAAGAGUACAUGGAGACCGACCUGUGUCAACUGCUGGAGAGGGGCCUUCUGUCUGAGGGCCAUGCCAGGCUCUUUAUGUACCAGCUCCUCAGGGGCCUCAAGUACAUCCACUCCGCCAAUGUGCUGCACCGGGACCUCAAGCCGGCCAACCUCUUUGUCAACACAGAGGACCUGGUACUGAAGAUCGGGGACUUUGGUCUAGCCCGCAUCAUGGACCCCCACUACUCUCACAAGGGUCAUCUCUCUGAAGGUCUGGUCACCAAGUGGUACAGAUCUCCUCGCCUGCUGCUCUCUCCAAAUAACUACACCAAAGCCAUCGACAUGUGGGCCGCCGGCUGCAUCUUCGCUGAGAUGCUCACAGGGAAAACCCUCUUUGCAGGGGCCCACGAACUGGAGCAGAUGCAGCUGAUCCUGGAGUCCAUCCCUGUGCUAAGAGAGGAAGACCGACAGGAGCUCAACAGCGUCAUCCCCGUCUUCAUCCGCAACGACAUGUCCAAGCCUCACACACCGCUGGCCAAGCUGCUGCCUGACGUCAGUCCACAGGCUCUGGAUUUCCUGGAGAAGAUUCUGACCUUCAACCCCAUAGAUCGUUUGACUGCGGAGGAAGCCCUGGCCCACCCCUAUAUGGCUGACUACUCCUUCCCCCUAGACGAACCUGUCUCUCUGCACCCCUUCCAUAUCGAGGACGAAGUAGAUGAUAUCCUGCUCAUGGACCAGAGCCACAGUCACACCUGGGACAGGUAUCAUGAGAGCCAGCUGUCAGAGGCUGACUGGCACUUACACAGCACCCAUGACCCAGAUGAAGUUCAGGUGGACCCGAGGGCCCUCUCCGAUGUAACAGAUGAGGAGGAGGUCCAGGUGGAUCCUCGUAAAUAUGCUGAUGGAGACCGGGAAAAGUUCCUGGAUGAGCCGUCCUUCGACUACUCCACUCUGUUCCCGCCAGAGCGAUCCUGGCAGGACGACCAUCACGAGAACAAAUACUGUGACUUGCAGUGUAGCCACACCUGUAACUACAAGGCCGUGUCCCCCUCCUACCUGGAUAACCUGAUCUGGAGGGACAGUGAGGUCAACCACUACUACGAACCCAAGCUCAUCAUCGAUCUCUCCAACUGGAAGGAGCAGCAGAGCAAGGAAAAGGCUGACCGUAAGGCCAAGAGCAAGUGCGAGAAGAACGGGCUGGUGAAGGCCCAGAUCGCGCUGAAGGAGGCCGAGAUGACCCAGAGUCCGGUGGAGAAGGACCGAGAGCAGGAGAAACAUCAGACACAGCCCCAGAGCCAGCAGAACCAAGGCUUUGACUUUGACUCCUUCAUCGCGAGUACCAUUAAACUGAGCCUGCAGCCGGAGCCCUGUCAGGAGGUGGCCCUGCUAAGCGAGGUGGGCCUCCUGAACGAGCUCAACUCUUCCGUCUCCCAGCUGGAGGCUUCCCGCUCAGGCUCCAUGUCCAAGUCCAUAAGUCAGGAGAAAGAGGAGAAGUGCCUGGUUAACCUCGCCCAGUUAGGUGGCGGAGGAGUGCUGGGAGUCGGCGGCGACAGCGCCUGGCCCGCUCACCCCUGGGAGAGCUUCGGCUCCGGGGAGACUCUCGGCGAGAACGGCUGUUUGAUAGACGAAGCGUGCUGGGACAUUCGCAAAGAGGACCACUUCCAGAAGGAGAGCACUUACACCAGCUACCUGGACCGCCUGUUCAGCCGGAAGGAAGAAGGGGUCGGAGAGACCGUGGCCAGCCCGGAAACGGAGCCCUCGGAGGGGAGGGAGAGAGAGUUGGACGAGAGCUUCCUCGGCAGGAACACAGAGAUUGUGCUCAAUAUGCAGCUGGACUCUCUGGCCCUGCCUGGCUUUGACAGCACCGAUGACUUGCCUCUAAAAUCCAUCCAGGCGUCCCUCACCCCCUGCGCUGUCAAAUGCUCCCCACAGAUCGCCCACAAAACAUACAGCAGCAUCUUCAAGCAUCUUAAUUAAAGAAAUAUAUAUCCUCCCUCACAGUGCAAAAUCUAGGCAGAUUUGUUUUUAUGUUGUUUUUUUAAUAAUAUGGUAUAUUAUUGUACUUGAAUCAUUUCAUACCUUUUUUUAUUACAGUUACUUUUAAUUUUUUUUUUUUGUUUUUGUUUUUUUUAAGAGUUGAGAUGGGUGAUUUAUUAUAUUUAAGGAGUUUUGGUCAUCACUCUGAGCCUUGAUCACCAGGCCUUCAUGGGUUAAUGUCUACGCCCUCAUUGCUAAACUGGCAUGUCACUCACACACUUAAGUACUGUAGACGAACAGAGAGCAGGAGAGAAGUUGCUAGAAGAAAGAUGGACAGGCGGGAAAGGAUUUAAGAGACGUUUGGCUGUAGGGUGCGACAUGAGGAAGGAUGGUAGACGAUAACAUUGCUGUAGGCUUUUAAAGUGCUUUCAAACAGCCUUUCCUGGGACGGGAUACACGAGAAAAAAAAUGGGGAUGGGUUGUCUUGUUUUGUUUUUUUUUUAUUAUUAUUUCUCAAUUAUGACUUUAUAACAUUUUCCCCAAAAGAAAGCUUCCUUUAUAACCCUUUCAUACUGUAAAUCUGACACAUGAUGCCAGCAGCAACCAUUAUCGUAGGCGUUAAUGUAAAUGUGUUAUCUACCUCAAGGUAACAGCCGCGAGAGACACUCGAAGCCGCACUAGUGCUUUACACACAUGACCAUCCUCAUACCAUGAAAUGAAGUGGUCGCGUAGAUGAAAUCUGUCUCACUUUAGCAUUUAACAUAGUAAGGUGUUUCAGUAAUCAUUAUUUAUUUCUAGCAGAUGUGCGAUAUUUAUUUUAUCAAAAUGUGUUAUUUCAAUGUGAUUGUUGAAGAUUGAGGAGUUGGACAGACUUCCAUUUUUCAUUUCGGCACUAUAUGGGCGUGUAAGUGUUCCUUUUUUGUUUUUAUGGUAGGAUGCAAAAUUCAUCUGUUAUGUUCUAAAAGAAGUUGAGGCUUUCCAUUUUCCAUCAAUAUCGUCCUAAUGGAUAUCAUUCUUUUUGUUCUUUUUUUUUUUUUUUUUUUUUUAUUUAUAGGUGCAUUCUGUCUUUAGUGGAAAAACUGCUUUAUGGUUUAAAGAAGCACCUAAAAGUCUUAAUUUUUUAUCUAAAUGUAAUGUAAAAAAAAUUGCGUGCAUGGAGGUAAGAGAAAGGUACAUUAAAAGUAAAGUUAAUGGUGAGUAUAAUGUACGUCAGUUUUAAUUGUACGUUUUUUGUUAAAUUUCUAUGUACUUUUUCCAGGCAAGCAUGAUGAAUUAGGUUAAGGUGUAGCAUGUAGAACACAUAUGAACUUUUUUUUUUUGUAAUCAUUGGUUCCCCUGUUCUACAAAAUAUCUCAAAAUAAAAUUACUGGCAAAGA